UCUUCCUCCAGUCUCUGUGUUCGGCGGCUCCGAAAUCUCUCCAAUCUCUCUCUCUCUCUCUCUCUCUCUCUGGAUUUGCAUCACUCUGUCUCUCUACUUUCAAUUGGAUUAACUUUCUCUGAGGUGAUAUUCGGUGGUUCGUCAUGGAGGACAGAGGGAAACUGGAGGCGGCUAUAGAUCAGCUCCUGAACGAGGAGAAGCAGAUGAGGCUCGCCGGAGAUGUCCCCGGGACGAGGAAGGCUGUUACCGACAUUCUUCGGCUUUGUUUCGAGUCCAAGGACUGGAAACUCCUGAAUGAACAGAUUGUCAAUCUGUCGAAAAAGCGCGGUCAGCUUAAGCAGGCUGUGCAAUCUAUGGUCCAGCAAGCAAUGCAGUACAUUGAUCAGACACCAGACGUCGACACCCGGAUAGAGCUUAUUAAGACACUAAACAAUGUUUCUGCUGGAAAGAUAUAUGUUGAAAUCGAGAGGGCUCGUUUGAUCAAGAAGCUUGCUAAGAUUAAGGAAGGCCAGGGUCUUAUAGCUGAAGCUGCAGAUCUUAUGCAAGAAGUUGCUGUGGAGACAUUUGGUGCUAUGGCAAAAACCGAGAAGAUCGCAUUCAUUCUUGAACAAGUUCGUUUGUGCUUGGAUCGGCAAGAUUAUGUCCGUGCACAAAUCUUAUCUAGGAAGAUCAAUCCAAGGGUUUUUGAUGCCGAUUCAUCGAAAGAGAAGAAAAAACCUAAGGAAGGUGAAAGCAUAGUGGAAGAGGCUCCAGCUGAUAUACCAUCCUUAUUGGAGCUAAAGCGAAUUUAUUAUGAGCUAAUGAUUCGGUACUAUUCUCACGACAAUGAGUACCUUGAAAUAUGCCGUUGCUACAAGUCAAUAUAUGAUAUCCCUUCUGUAAAGGAAAACCCAGAGCAGUGGAUUCCAGUCCUGAGGAAGAUCUGCUGGUACCUUGUCUUGUCACCAUAUGACCCGAUGCAAUCAAGCUUGCUUAAUGCAACCCUUGAAGAUAAGAAUAUGUCGGAAAUUCCUGAUUUUAGGGUGCUUCUGAAACAACUGGUGACAAUGGAGGUGAUCCAGUGGACAUCACUGUGGGAAAAAUAUAAGGAGGAAUUCGAGAAAGAGAAAAACAUGAUCGGGGGCUCUUUGGGUGACAAAGCUGCUGAAGAUUUGAGGCUAAGAAUUAUUGAACACAAUAUUCUGGUUGUCUCGAGAUAUUACUCAAGGAUUACCUUAAAGAGACUCGCUCAGCUGUUAUGUCUGAGCAUCGAGGAAGCGGAGAAGCAUCUGUCAGAGAUGGUGGUAUCGAAAGCGCUCAUGGCAAAGAUUGACAGACCAUCGGGAAUAGUAUGUUUCCAGGCGGCAAAGGACAGCAACGACAUCCUCAACACGUGGGCAUCAAACUUAGAGAAGCUUCUGGACCUUGUUGAGAAGAGUUGCCACCAAAUUCACAAGGAGACCAUGGUUCAUAAGGCCGCACUCCGAGCUUGAGCAUAGCCGUGGUAUUCGCCACUAGGCCAUCAUCUUCGUAUUUCAAUCAACAGGUUGAACCCUCGCUCCCCUCUUUUAUUACAUCAUGGUUUGUGGCUUUUGUUUACUUGGGUCUGUCUCUCUCUCCUUACUCUGAAGCUUCUCUACUGCUUUCUGUGUUGUUGGAAGAGAAGAACUUUUAGACCAAAUUCGUUGAAACUUAAUAGUUGGGGUUUGUACACUGAAGGAGUUUGCCACCUUUCAUUUGUUUCUGUUAGGAAAUUCCUCAAAUCUAUUGUACUGUCUUUUUUUUUUUUUAAAUCAA